GAGCACAUCCCUCCGCAAACAGGCAGAGCAGAGCAGCGUCUGAAAGCAGCUCUGCAGAGUUCUGUACAAGAGGAGACCGCUCUCUCAGCACAGGCACAGAAGACGGGAGAGUUGAGCUGCUGCAAGGACUGGCAAGCCACAGGAGACACGAGGAGACACUCCUGCAACACAAAAGAGAGAAUCUGCUGAACCACCUCGAGGGAGCAUCACAGAAACUAGAAUUCACAGCAAACUGCAGCAGCUCCUCGUUCCUUUACAGAGACACACUUCAACGUGCGUUAUGUUCAAAACAUACUCUGGAUUCUACACCCAGUCAGAAGGGAGAAGAGCUUUACAAGUCAGGAAUGGGGAAAACUUUUAACACGAGCCGAGGUCACUGUUAAGCAACUGGCUUUCUUCCGAUACUCUUUGCACAGGUCUUUCAACGCGUUUCCAUUUCUUUCAUCACUAGAAAUGUUUCUCUUUGACGGUAAGCGCUGCCGAAGAUUUCUUUAGUGGCACCGGAUCAGACGAUGCUGAGUCUUCAACUGGAAGGAAUAAGACGCCUGUCUCAGGAGAGAGUGGUUCAGUGACAGCAGCAGCAGGCAGAAAAGAGCGUAGGUUGGAGGAGUUAGAGCUGGAGCUGGGGAGACGAUGGAGGACUGGCUCAGUGUGUGCACCGCUGUGCUCAUGUUCUGGAGCUCAGCUCUCAGCACGGUCUAUGCACUGGUUGAUGCAGAUGACGUCAUUACGAAAGAAGAGCAGAUCUACUUGUUGGUUGAAGCCAAACUUAGAUGUGAAAGAAAGAUCAAAACUCAGCUGGAGAAAAUCAAAGAGGGAUUGUGUCUGCCAGAGUGGGAUGGGAUCACCUGCUGGCCGGAGGGAGGCUGUAACAAGCUGGUGUCCAUCCCCUGUCCAGAGUACAUCUACGACUUCAACCACAGAGGACAUGCCUACCGCAAGUGUGACCAGUCUGGGAACUGGGAGCUGGUUCCCGGUCUAAACCGAACAUGGGCCAACUACACGGAGUGCACUGACUUCUUGCUGUCUGAGCAGAGGAACAAAGAGGAGGAGGUGUUUGACAGGCUGCACGUUAUGUACACGGUGGGAUACUCGGCCUCCCUGGUGUCGCUCAUCGCAGCCGUGGCGAUUCUCUGCUACUUCAAACGGCUGCACUGCACUCGGAACUGCAUCCACAUCCACCUGUUCACCUCGUUCAUGUGUCGCGCGCUCAGCAUCUUCGUGAAGGACGCUGUGCUGUACUCUGUGAGCGUGCCCGAAGAUCUGCACAGGACCCAGGGCCCCGAGCUGAGGGGUGAGCUGGGCUCUGAGCCGGGACAGCGACCGCAGCUCGUGGGCUGCAAGGUAGUGGUAACUCUCUUCCUCUACUUUCUGGCUACCAAUCACUACUGGAUCCUGGUGGAGGGGCUCUACCUGCACAGUCUCAUCUUCAUGGCCUUCCUGUCCGACAAGAACUACCUGUGGGCCCUCACGGUCAUCGGCUGGGGAGUCCCGAUGGUGUUCGUGUCGGUGUGGGCGAGUGCUCGAGCCUCCCUGGCAGACACACAGUGCUGGGACCUCAGUGCUGGGAAUCUGAAGUGGAUCUACCAAGUACCCAUUCUAGCCGCUGUCAUGGUGAAUUUCUUCCUGUUUCUCAAUAUUGUGCGAGUGCUGGCCUCUAAACUGUGGGAGACCAAAACUGGCAAGCUGGACCCCAGGCAGCAGUACAGGAAGCUGCUCAAGUCCACGCUGGUCCUGAUGCCCCUGUUUGGGGUGCACUAUGUGGUGUUCAUGGCUCUGCCCUACACAGAUGUGUCAGGGGUGCUGUGGCAGGUACAGAUGCACUACGAGAUGCUCUUCAACUCCUCUCAGGGCUUCUUUGUGGCAUUCAUUUUCUGCUUCUGCAAUGGAGAGGUGCAGGCGGAGAUCAGGAAGGCCUGGCUGCGCCGGAGCCUGGCCCAGGAUUUGAAGCAGAAGGCUCGAGUGACCAGCAGCUGGGGAGGAAGCUGCUACUAUGGAGGGAUGAUCUCGCACGCCACCAACAGCGUGAGCAUGAGCAUCGCGGGCGCCGCGGCCAAGGGGGUCCCUGGAGGUCUGUCCCUGAGUGCCCGACUCCGCGCCCCCUCUCCGCAUGCCCUCGUCAGCCUGCCUGGCUACAUCCCCAGCAGCCCUGAGCCCAGCCUCAGCCCCGUCCUGGAGCCGGGCCGCAGGAGGUGGAGAGAGAGGGAGGGAUCCAAGGAGAGCAACGCGGCCCUGAAGACCCCCCAGGACAGAUCCCCCAGCCCCACUUCCUCGCACAGGGAGUUUGAGACAGUACUGUGAGCUCGGCAACAACACUGCCAGGCUGUCCUUCCCCUAUGAACAGAGACUGCUGUAUUAAACCCUCUUUCUUAUUCUGCUCACGCUUACUCGGUCUUACUGCUCGUUCGGUAAUAUAUAUAUUUUUGUCAGCAUGGUGUGAUUCUUCUUCGCUAAUAGAGUCAUGCCCUCUAUGGAACAAACUCAUUUUGCUUCAUAAAGUUCAAUGAAAUCCGUUGAAAAAUGUUACGUUAACAUAUUGAAUUACACACCGCUUUGUAGUUUUCCCAUAUACUUAACGCAAAACUGACAAACAGAAAAAUUUGACAUUUCGAGAGCUAACCUGAAAUACUGUGCUUCUGUUAUGGCUGCUGGUAGACUUUUGUGACGUCAUUUUGUAGUGUCUUUGAUUUCAUGAUGUGAGCAGGGCUGAACUGUUCUGCCUCCCAGCGUGCUCACAAAAGGACAUUCUUCGACCAGAAGAGAUGGGGUCAGCUGUACGUGUUAACUGAUUGUAAAUCGUGUUAGAAAAAAGAGCACAACACAUAACUAAUGUCAUUCUCCGUUUUCUUGCCCACCGUUCUUACAGCAUUUCCUUUUUCAGUCUGUAUAUUGAUAAAACUGAAGCACAGCAGCUCCUGUACCCUGAGUGAGUGAGAGCAGGAGCUGCUCCUGUACUCUGAGUGAGUGAGAUCAGGAGCAGCUCCUGUACUCUGAGUGAGUGAGUGAGAUCAGGAGCAGCUCCUGUGCUCUGAGUGAGAUCAGGAGCAGCUCCUGUACUCUGAGUGAGUGAGUGAGAUCAGGAGCAGCUCCUGUACUCUGAGUGAGUGAGAUCAGGAGCAGCUCCUGUGCUCUGAGUGAGAUCAGGAGCAGCUCCUGUACUCUGAGUGAGUGAGAUCAGGAGCUGCUCCUGUACUCUGAGUGAGUGAGAUCAGGAGCAGCUCCUGUGCUCUGAGUGAGAUCAGGAGCAGCUCCUGUACUCUGAGUGAGUGAGAUCAGGAGCAGCUCCUGUGCUCUGAAUGAGAUCAGGAGCAGCUCCUGUGCUCUGAGUGAGAUCAGGAGCAGCCCCUGUACUCUGAGUGAGUGAGAUCAGGAGCAGCUCCUGUACUCUGAGUGAGUGAGACCAGGAGCUGCUCUUUAGUUCCAGCUGCCUUGCGCAGACAUGCGUACUGCAGGCAUUGUGUCUAUAAGAGUGAGCGCUGGAAUUGUUAUCAGAAACGUUAAGCAUUACUGAAUACAAAAGGUAAAGAAAAUGCAUCUACUUGCUGUUUGAUUUAUUACCCCACACUGGGGGGCUUGGCAUCCCUGUCUAUUCCCUGGAGCGUUCUGUCUUGAAAUGCACACUGGUGCUUGUCUUUCUAUUUCAGGAUGUCUUUGUGUUUGUUUAUAUAUAUAUAUA